CCUUGUAAUAUUAUUAUCGCUUUAUAUAUACAAGAAUUUGUUAUUUUUAUUCUCAAAUACACAUAUUUUAUUGUUUUUUAUAUUUACAGUUUCUUACAAUGACCUGAUUCCUACACACAUCAGCCUUCUCUUCCAGAGUAAGGCACAUCCAUCCCAUAAUAUAUUUUGUAAAGCAUAUAAAGUUGAAUUAAACACAUUUUUCAUUGAAAGAUCCCAUUUAAACGCACCUAAAUAUGUUAAACACGAAACACCUCAAAUCAAUAAUCCGAAAAAUUUGUUAAUUCAUUCAGUUCCUGCUGAAACUAGUGCAUUUGGUGAACAAGGAAAUGAAAAUUUAUCCACAGAUUUAAAAGUUUUAGAGGAUUCCUCUAAUUCUAUAGAAAAAAAUGUUCACAAUUUAGAUGAGGAAUCGAUACCAGGCCCUCUAACAGACUCUGAUGUGUGGAAAAUGACCGCAGCUAUUUCACAGAAUUCAACACUUGGAAUCGACUGGGUAAAGGCUAUUGAAACGCUACAAACUUCAUCCUCCUGUACCGUAUCACCUCUGACAAUCGCAUAUAACUCAGCUCUGUCGGCUGCGGAAAAGAAUUGUAAUUCUGAUUUAUGUUUGGAAUUGAUAUCAGAUAUGAAAAAGAGGCAGGACGUGGUACUUGAUUCAGUUAGCUAUAAGAUGGCAAUCUCAGCAUGUGUAAAAAGUAACAGAGUAGAGGACGCAAUUAAAUUACAGGAAGACGCUUUAAACUCUGGAUUAGUAUUAGAUCACGGAGUAAUAAGAAGUUUGCUUUGGUUACUCUCAUUUAACGGGCAUGGCGCAAAGGCGACAAAGUUGUUUGAAAUGCUCAAAAAAAUGGCGGAGUUUUGCAAAAAUGAAAAUGCCCUGAAACAAACGGAUUGUUUACACACGAUAGAAUCAUGCAUGUUAUCUAACAUGAUUUCAGACUCACUUGACCUGUAUAAUCAAUUAAAGAAGUCUGAAAACUAUAAUUUAGAUUCAAGGUCGCUUAAAACACUUCUAGAACUCGCUUACAAUUCAUUUGAUCCACAAAUGUGUUUGGAAUUGUACACUAAAGUGAUUAGAGAAAAAACUUUUAAACUCACUAUAGUACAUUUCAAGUUGAUUCUCAACACACUACUUUUAACCAGAAGUUUAGAGCAUAUAGACUAUGUGUGGAAGAACUUCGUGAGUGAAAAUGUUCAGCUGGACCCAGUUGUAUGCCAGCUGGUAUUGGAAGGGUAUUCUCUUUUGGGGAAUUUUCAAAAGGCAUUUGAUGUGUUAACAAUAAUGGAGAAGGAAAUGAUAAUAACAAAUCACACUCCAUAUCUGGUAGCCAUAAAAUCUUGUGAAAAAUGUGGAGAAUGGAAACUAGCGCUAAAAAUUCUCAGAAUGGCUGAACAUAGGUUGAAAAGCAAGAACAUAAACCUGUAUAACGGUGUUUUGGAAGCAUGUUUGGUGGCCAAGGAAUGGAACACAAUGACCUUACUGUAUGAAGAAUUCUCGAAAAAGGAGGAUAAAUUAAGAGACAAGGGAGAGGAAUUGAAACCAAAUGGAGAUACAAUAGCACUAGCUCUAAUAGCAUACUAUAAUUUGGAGGAUGAUUCUACUGUGAAGGAACUACUCAACAUUCCAGUAAUCAGCACACCGUUACUUUCAAAAAUAAGAAGCUCUUUAACACACUAACACAUAUAAUAUAUAAAAUAUUUGAA